CUCUCUCUCUCUCUCUCUCGCUCGCCCUCCCUUUCUGUCUGAACACAUGAAAUUCAGAGGAUCUCCUCCCGAAACGCGAACACACAGCGGUCAGAGAAGCGCUCGGCGACACCCCCUCCCCGCACAACAUGGCUACAAUUGUCACCUCCACCAGGUUUACGGAAGAUUACCAGCUUUACGAGGAGCUCGGGAAGGGUGCCUUUUCCGUGGUGCGCAGAUGUGUGAAGAAGUCUACAAGCCAGGAAUUUGCUGCUAAAAUAAUCAACACGAAGAAACUGACAGCCAGAGAUCACCAGAAGCUGGAACGAGAGGCCCGAAUCUGUCGUCUUCUCAAACACCCAAAUAUUGUUCGACUACAUGACAGUAUUUCAGAAGAAGGUUUUCAUUACCUGGUCUUUGACCUAGUGACUGGAGGGGAGCUGUUUGAAGACAUCGUUGCCAGAGAGUAUUACAGUGAAGCUGAUGCGAGCCAGUGCAUCAAUCAGAUCCUCGAGAGCGUCAAUCAUAUUCACCAGCAUGACAUUGUGCACAGAGACCUCAAGCCUGAGAACCUGCUGUUGGCCAGUAAGAUGAAGGGAGCAGCAGUUAAGCUGGCUGACUUUGGACUGGCGAUUGAGGUACAGGGAGAUCAGCAGGCAUGGUUUGGCUUUGCAGGCACUCCUGGCUACUUAUCUCCAGAAGUCCUGAGAAAGGACCCUUAUGGUAAACCUGUGGACAUUUGGGCCUGUGGAGUUAUCCUUUAUAUACUUCUUGUGGGAUAUCCUCCAUUCUGGGAUGAAGAUCAGCAUAAGCUGUACCAGCAAAUCAAGGCUGGAGCUUAUGAUUUUCCUUCUCCUGAGUGGGACACUGUCACCCCUGAGGCCAAAAACCUCAUCAACCAGAUGCUGACCAUCAACCCAGCCAAGAGGAUCACCGCUGAGCAGGCCCUCAAGCACCCAUGGGUCUGCCAACGGUCUACGGUGGCCUCAAUGAUGCAUCGGCAAGAGACUGUGGAGUGCCUGCGCAAGUUCAAUGCCCGGAGAAAACUGAAGGGAGCCAUCCUCACCACAAUGCUGGUUUCCAGAAACUUUUCAGUGGGCCGGCAGCAUACCAGCCCUGCUGCUCCCACCACCAGCACUGCCGCGCUUGCACAGGAAGCAUGCAAAAGUUUACUCAACAAAAAAUCAGAUGGUGGUAAGCCCCAGACAAACAACACUAAAAACAGUGUAGUGAGUGCUGUAGUGAGUGCCCUGAAGGAGAGCAACAUGGCCUCCUCAACACCAAUGGAGCCACAGACUACAGUAGUGCACAACCCAGCAGAUGGUACCAAGGGCUCCACUGAGAGCUGCAACACCAAUGAGGAAGAGGAUAUGAAAGGUAGGAAAGUGGAGAGUGCUCAGGGGGCCAGCAGUGACAGUGCGGUGAUGAGUCAGUGCAGUGCCGGGGACGAGCCGCCCGCUCUGGUGGCAUCACCACAGUGCCCACCAGCCACUGUGGUGCAUGACAUAAAGCGCAUGGCGUGGAACAGUUCAGGACAUGCCUCGUGCCCAGAAUUAGAGCGUGCUCAGUCUGUUCCUCAUGCCUCAGCUCAGGGGGGCAGGAGUGUGGCCACAGCCCAGUCUCGUAAGCAAGAGAUUAUCAAGAUCACUGAGCAGCUAAUCGAGGCCGUGAACAAUGGAGACUUUGAGGCUUACACGAGAAUCUGUGACCCUGGGUUGACUUCGUUUGAGCCGGAAGCUCUGGGUAACCUGGUGGAAGGGAUGGAUUUCCACAAGUUUUACUUUGAGAACUUGUUGAGUAAGAACAAUAAGCCAGUGCACACCACUAUCCUGAACCCCCAUGUGCACCUGAUUGGAGAGGAUGCAGCAUGUAUCGCCUACAUCCGCCUGACGCAGUACAUCGACAGUCAGGGUCGCCCGCGCACCUGCCAGUCUGAGGAGACGCGCGUGUGGCACCGCCGUGAUGCCAAGUGGCUCAAUGUGCACUUCCACUGCUCAGGAGCACCAGCUGCACCCUUACAGUGAAGCAUGCAGGGCAAAGGUUGCCUGGAUUCCUAAUGAUGGGAGUGUUUGUUCCUUGUAGCCGGAUGGGCAUGUAGAGGCCGGAUGGACGACAGCAAGUUACAGACACGCUAUUGAAGAAAUCCGAUAACAUCCAGUCCAACUGUCAACACCACCUUACCUGUCCAAUCUUUGACCACUGGGAUCCGGCUGCGGCUGUGGCCCCGCCCACGGGACGGUGCAUGCAUAUGAUGCCCACACGGGGGCGCUGUCUAGUCUUUUCCCAUGGAAUCAUCUUUUUUUGCCCAUUAAAGAUGUCCAGAAGGUGUUUGUAAGUACUGAUCUAUGAGUUCAUAACUAUACUGUAUAUUGUAAAAAAAGAAAUUGCUAGAAGCUACAACGGAGUUUGUAAAGCAUUGAUAUGUAAGUAAAAUGCAACUGGGGUGUAAAGGGGAGGGUUCGAUACACAAGAUAGAAAUCUUUGCCUUGAAUGGCUGAAGUUUAAAUAGGUGUAAUGUAAAUCCUCCAGCUCGUACACUUUGUAGAAUUUGGAUACAAAUUAUUUAGAAAAUUAAGUAAACAAUGUCCACUAAUCAAGAAUGUCCUAAAAUUCUGGAGAUUAUAGGCGUACUUCAUAUCAAGAAGCACCAAAGUGUAGUCUUUAGGCAAUUAAAGGAGUGUUUCUUGGUUGUUGUUUUUUUUGUUGUCGUUUUUUUUUUGUUUGUUUGGUUUUUUUGGGGUUUAUAAUAUUUUGUUUUGUUUGUGUUUUUAAACUAAGGUCUGUGGGAAGGUUUGUGUGGUUCUGGGUUUUUAGUAUUCUGUGUUAUUGUGUUUAUGUGGAACUUUUUUUUUCCCGUCUUUGAUAAUCAGAAAGUAUUUUGUGUUGAGCAAUUCAUUUUUAUGGUUAGUUUUAAAACCUUUUUAACAUAAUACACUUGUAAAGAUAUAUUUGCAAAUCUAUAUUUAAAUGAGAUCAAGUGAAAUAAGGUUCACCGUCAAGGUGCAGCAAAUGAUUAGACUCUGUUUAAUGUGUGUUUAUGUGCAUGUGUUUGUAUGGACAUGUGAUUAAACACACCACUGAUUAUAUUACUGUAGGUAGGACUGCUCCGCCUCUAACUGUGUGCAUAUUGAGGAGUGUUUGAGAGCCCGUGUGAACAGAGAUAGUGCUAUAGAAACGGCACUAAAUGCUAGACGUAGAGUCGCUGUAUAAAAUUUCACUUUAAUCAUUGGAACAGAGACCCUAGUUCAUACUGUACACAGCCAGGUGCAAAAGGGGAACACACACAUACACAUGCUGAUCGAAACCCCAUUCCAACAGCACAGCAUAGCAGUCACACACUGCCUACCUUAUGGAAAUAUGAUUGGAAUUUUAGUGUGCAGAGAGAGAACUAGCCUAUUUGUGUCAAAAUGGCACUUGAAGGACGUCCAUAGGUUAAUGGGAGUGCAUAUGUGGUUGCGGAUACAACUCCUGUCCAGAACAUGCACACAAUCACACCCUUCUUUGAUGUUUGUGGCGGAUCUCCUCAUGGUCAUGUGUCAUCACUCUGUCUUGCACAACUCUGUUGUACUUGUGGUUCACGCCAGUUUGUUCACUCACUUCUCAAAGCUGUGUUGCACACACAUAACAUACCUAUUAAUCCCUCCAGCAUUUCCUUGGAGUCCAAUGUAUAUAUAUAUAGUACAAAUACAGGGUUUAAGGCACUGGCUGUUAGAAACCAUCGCAGCACAAUUGGCCUGUUCUGAUCUUGGUGACAGGCGUUAUUUUAAAAAUGCGUUUCCUUUUCACCACACUCCAGUUCAUGCACUAGAUCUGAGUAAGACGUUCUGAAACAGCCGUGUGUUGUAAAGUUUUCUGAAACAAAUCCAUCCCAUGAGCCCACCUGCUGAUCGUGUAUUUUCUAUGAUGAAAGAUUUGGCAGUCUGUGUAUAUACAUGUGUAGGGCCUUGGUACAUAUCGGCACUGUAACUCUGCACGUGUGAGUGUGUAUGUGUGUGUCACCUUCAUCACAAAGCCCUCUUAGUGAUGCUUGUUUUGUCUUUGUUUUUGGGAGAAUUGCCUCCAUGCUUGGGCAAGUCAGUUUUUUAUUUUUAUUGUUAUUAUUAUGAUUUUUGUUUUUUUUAAAAAAAAAAAAAAACAGUUGCGAGGUUAUUUUUUCUGUAUGUUGUCAGUUACUUUAACUUUGUAGAACUGAAAAGAAAAUGGAUCAAAAAAACUAAACAAAUGAGGACACAUUAACUGAUAGAUAGGCUAGAUAGAUUUCUAGAACAGAGGUCCCUCCUCCUAAAGCUGGGAACAAAACCCUGAGCCAGCACCUUCUGGCUUUCCUCUCCUAUCCAAUCCAAUCCAAGGCAAGUCCAAAUAUGCAGCUUAAUUAAUAUGAUGAUUAUGCAUGUUCUCUUUUCUUGGUGAAUAUUUUCUCUGCCGUGUGAUUAAAAAAAAAAAUAGGAAAAAAAUUGUUCUUGUUGCAUCUCUUGACAUGAAAAUCCCUCCAUCUGGAAAUGAUGACUAGGUGAUGUACCAUAUUUAAAAAUGAAAAAAGUAACAAAAAAAAGGAAACAACAACUCAGCUUUGUAUGCUCCCCUCAUUCUGAGUAAAUCUAUUGCAUUGUAAUGGUAUACUAUUGGGCUACGUAUAUGAAUGCUGGAUUUUGCAUGAUCAUACAUUUAAUAAAACCAUGACCUGACAACCAUUGAA